AGAGCAGGGUAUAGAAGUAUAAUAACUGAAUAAUAAACCUUUCAAAUAAGGUACCAACAACAGAAGUAUUGAAUAUAGAAAAUUCAUAAGAAUACAACAUGAAUAGUAAAGUGAGCACAUAGCAAUAUUCCAGGCAAAUAUAUAUGCGUAGAACGAAACAUUUCGCAGACACUCGAAACAAUAGCAAAUAGCACAAAGGGAUAAUAUGACCACGAAUGGUUCCGGACGGAAUCGUGACGAUAGUUGUGUAUCGAAGGAUAAUGUCAUUGUGUCAGGUUCUGAUGUUGACUCGGAUAUAGGCCUUCGUGAAAGUCGUGUCAAGGCGUUACAUUUGGCCAAAGAAGCUGGAUGGAAAUCCCCAAGAGCUUUACCAUCGCCACCUAUGUCACCACGAUUAUUGCAGCGUCACCAUACACCUCAAAACAUAUUGCAAAGGUCUCCUACUUCUCCAUUAGCUGGGUCUACAACGACAAAAUUCUUCCAAAAAUGUAGAGAUCAUCCAAAAUCAGCACAAGAAAAGAGACAGUCAAACUUGGACAUUGACAGCAAAGCUGCUGGAUUCAGUCUCCCACCGCUUACAACGGAUACGCUUAUUAACCAUUGCUUGAAUGUAGCAGUCCCUGAGUCCUUCGGCAAAGUGAACAUUGUUCGGGAUCCAUUACCAUCUGCAUCAGACACAUUUAUACAGGUUUUAGCUUUUGACGACAAUAAAACAAAAUCUUCUGAUACUAAGAUUGUCGAGGAAUCAACAACCAAAGACGUUCUUGCAACAAGUAAACAUCAUCCACACCAGCCUCCAAAACUCAAUAUCAAUCUCACCUCGCGGGUGAAUUCUCUCCGAGGAUAUGAGAGCAAUCCUGGAAGUCCUAGGUUACGGAGAAAGUUAUAUGAGCUAGAUCACCUCGAACUGUCACAUAGAUUACAUAAUAUUAGUAACGAAAAGAAAACUUUACAUAAUUGGACCGGGCGACCUGGCAAAAAUAGUUGGGGAUCGAAUCAGACAAUUGAUGUUAUCGAUGGCUGCACACCAUCAUUGGAUAAGGCGCAUUCGGGCAGCGACAACGCGCUUAAUAGUACGAACAUUGCCACAAAACAUGCAAUUGAUAAUCAUGUGAAAUGGAAUGAAAACAUAGACGUAAAAAUAUUAGAGCCAUUACCGAGACAAAGAGCAUGGACAAUGCCAGACAAAAUCAUGAAACGUCCACAUAUUUUGAAAUCCAGCUUGAAGAAAAAUGACAAUUUGUGACCUUGAAACAGGGUCUUAGUCGAAAUAUUUAAAAGUAGCAUCGAUGCACUGUAAUCUUAUCGCCUAACUACUUAGAUAUAUUAGAGCUAACCAAAAUUUUCAAAAAGUCCUUGGAUAAGCUUUAAUGUCCCGUUUAUGCGAACCCCUCCUCUUUUACUAUUGAAUAGGAUUCUACAAUGUGAAUCUACUUGUCGAGACUCGAUAAAAAUGAGUUCUUCUGAGAUAAUAAGGAUUUUGUAUCUAUCCCUAUAAUGACGUACAACAUGUUGAUAUACAGCUUUUAAGUCAAUUCUUUCCCCAUGUUAAGUAAAUACACCCUUGCUGAAAUCCUCAUUUUCUCAAAAGAACUCAAGCUGAUCGACCCUCAACAAGUAAAUUCAUGCUAUGUGAGAUAGUAAGCCUAGCUAUUGCUAGAAUUUUCAAUAGUAAGACUAGUGGGGGCCCACUAGUGGAUCUUAAAUAGGACAUGGGCUUACUUUUUAGAACUUUUUAUUGGCUCUAUAAUGGUAGAUCAUUGAUCAACAAGGAUAUCAAGUCAAACAACUUCUCAUGAAUAAAUAAACAGGGUUAUGUACCGGGGAAUAUUUGUAUCUCCCAAGAGACACAAGGAUGCAUGGAGAAAACUGAUCGUGCACAAAAUAUGUAUUUCAUACCUAC